UCUGUCGGAUGACCAUACUUCCUGGCGGGGUGUUGUUGGGCCACAGUUUACCCCUACAACAGCCGGAGUUCGCGGUGAAUACGAAACUUGUCAGGCUCGGGAAGAUGGACGAAAACGCAGAAAAUAACCCCGAACAGGCCAACAACAAGGCCGAGGACGCGGAGGAGGCCGAGGGGGAGUUGUCAGUGGACGAUCUGCGGGCGGAGCUGGAGAAAAUCGACGUGCAAGUGCCAGAAGUGGAAAUUUCUGAGGUGCACCUCCAGCAGGAGGACAUGUACUCAGAGUUCCCUGUGUCCUACAAGGAGAACACCAACAAGGAGAAACUGAUCCUGGCGUACGCCGAGAACUUUCGCCGACAGUACGUCCACCUGUACCGCGACAGGAAACUGCUCUUUCUCAACCCUGUCAACGAGUGCGGCAUGGAGAAAUUUGUGAGCACCACAAUCCGGCCCACCCUGCUGCCCUUCCAGGAGCUGUACAGCUAUGAGAACUGUGCUGAGUUUGUGGCCGACUAUCUGGAGUUCCAGGCCCUGGACCCACCAGUGGACCUGCCAAACCAGCUGGUGUCGCCGACCACAGCCCUGAAGAGACAGAAGGGCAACAGUUUUGACUUUGCGACACUGCUGUGCUCCAUGCUGCUGGGAGCUGGGUACGAUGCGUACUGCGUUAGCGGGUAUGCCACCCGGGAAAUCUGCCUGAUGGACCAGACCAGGGAUGUCUGCCCACUCAUGAAGAAGAAAGGAGAGCUGAAGUCUGAAGAGAAGAAGAAGGAGGUGCGGAAGUACCAAGUCAAGCCUCCCAAGGACCUGCGCAGUAAGUUUGACCUGAAGAUGCAGGCCAGGAGGGAGGCUGAAGAGGAGGCUAAGGCAGCGGAGAGGAGGAGGGAGGAGGAGGCUCGCAUCAGUGAGCUGGAGAAGCCAAAGCCUGAUGCCCUGCACGGCCUGCGGAUCCACUGCUGGGUGCUGGUGUUGUCAGGCAAGCGGGAGGUCCCAGACAGCUUCUUCAUCGAGCCGCUCACCGGCAACACGUACCCCACCGAGGACGACAAGUUCCUGGGCAUCGAGUCCGUCUGGAACCACCAGAACUACUGGGUCAACAUGCAAGACUGCUCCAACGGCUGUAAGGACCUGAGUUUUGACCUGGGAGACUCGGCGAAGUGGGAGUACCUGCUGCACAGCUCAGAGAAACCCAGUCUGGAGAUCCCUGAUGUGGAGGCAGAGCUAUACGAGGGCCUGGAUGACGAUGAGGAGGAACAAGAAGACGAGAAACACCUGGAAAUGCCACCAUCCUGGGUUCACCCCAUCCUGGUCACACCAAAAGAGUACGAGACGCGAUGUCCACUUGGCAAGAAGACUAUCCUGUACAAGAAAGCUCGGCUGGAGAAGUUUGCUCGCUACCUGCUGAAGGACGGCAUGAUCACCAAGCUGUCUGCCUAUGACGACUACGAAUUGAAGAACCUUGUGUCUGCGAAGGAGUGGUUUGUGAACAGACAGGACAAACUGGAGCUGAGAGUCCACAACCACCGCACGGGGCUGAUCACAGAGUACAUGCUGCAGGGAAGGCUCGACUGCAUGAAAGAGCACACCUACAAGUCUGGCAGCCCCGGCCCGGAAACGGACCGUACCAUGGUGUUCUACGACAAGGCUCGGGUGGACGGGCUGGUGAAGAGGGAGGAGACGCCCACGGAGAUGACGGAACACUUUAAGGACAGGGACGACUUCCUGUACUACAGACACGUCCUCUUCAGCAAGCGGAUGAAGAAGUUUGGGGCCUCCACAGACGCAAACCACAGACCUAUUUUGAAAAUCACGGAGAGGUUCCACAGGAACAGGGAGAAGCCAGCGAGCGAGGAUGUGUCGGAGUGCGUGUUCCACAUCGCGGAGGACCGCAUCCAGCUGACCUUCCACUGCGAGGACAACCGGGUCACGGCCUCUACACGAGAGUUCAUCAAACCGCCCAACGCCAACGACAAGAGCCAGGUCAUCACCAUGACCCCCGACAUGACCUCCACAUUCCAGGUGGACACGACGAAGAAGUCUCCGAAGAACCUGUACAUCUACAACAUGCUGGUGUCUCUGGUGGAGGCAGAGGACCAGUCUGUACAGGCCAUCAGGGCGUCAGAGGAGGAGAUAAAGGAGUGCCUGCUGGAGCGUAUCCGUGAGGAAACCGUGUCUGAGCUCUCCAUCUCAGUAUACGACACAGAGAGGAACGAGAAAGCCAAGCAGCACAGGAAGGAACUGGAGCGUCAGCAGCUUGAGGAGAAGCUGCGCCGGCAGGAGCAGGAGCUGGACUACCUGGCGCCCUUCCUGGCGCAGAUGGGCGACCCCGACAAGAUCGCCCGGCAGCAGGCCUUCAAGCUGAAGGAGGACUGCCUGGCCGACCUCAAACAGAGGCUCAUCGACAAGGCUAACCUCAUCCAGAGCAGGUUUGAGAAGGAGACGCAGGAACUGCAGAAGCGGCAGCAGUGGUACCAGCAGAACCAGGUGUCCAUGACAAAGGAGGAUGAGGAGGAGUAUCUGGCCUACUGCUCAGAAGCCAUGUUUAGGAUCCACAUACUGGAGCUCAGGCUCAACAGACACAAGGAGAUGGCGCCCCACAAGUACAUGGCUCUGGAACAGAAGAUCCGCACAGAUGGUCGACUAUCGGACUACUUUUAAAUUGCUGCACAGAUUGCACUUCCUCCAAAGAACGACAACUGGUGUUUAAAUAUAUAUGAUAUUACAAUUUAAAAAAAUUCUACAUGCACAACUCUCUUUAUGUAUCACUUGGUCUUCCUGAUUUAUUUCACAAAUAAAAAAAAGGAUGAAAUGUAUAUGUUUAGGACAUGAUUGUAUAGAGUUAACUGAAUGUUUUAAAGUGUUACGAUGUAAGAUAGAAUGGCACUUUUGCUCUGUAAAGUUUACCGGUGGGUCUCAGAUGAUGUACAUAGUGCAACACAAAAAUAUUGCUUAAAAAAUAAAGCUUUUCCAAACGUU